ACCAAAACCAUAGAACUAUGCGGUAAUUAAGGCUCUGUAAUCUGGAGGUCAGAAUAUAUAAAAGAAAUGUCAUGGCCAUUAGCUGCAGAUCAUACAGAAUGAUUUGGGAGAAGUUGCAUUUAGAAGAUCUGAGCCCUAUCUCUGGCCCAGUAUGACACCAUAAUGCAGCUCUGACAUAUGCUUGCCGUCUGCUUGCCACACAAUCAGCAUCCUCAGUCUUUCAGCAGUGGCCCACCCCCGCAGUCCUAACACUGCCUUCAAUGUAAAAAUAUGCCUAUUUGCAGACACUUCUGCCUCCACCACCAGCAACUGAGCCUGAGCUGCCAGGAAAACACAGCACUCACCAUCAAGGGUGUUCGUUUCUAGUACUGUCAUGGUGGACUACUAUGAAGUUCUAGGAGUACAGAGAUAUGCAUCACCGGAAGACAUUAAAAGAGCUUACCGUAAAGUAGCACUUAAAUGGCAUCCUGAUAAAAAUCCAGAAAAUAAAGAGGAAGCAGAGCGAAAAUUCAAAGAAGUCGCCGAGGCAUAUGAAGUGUUAUCAAAUGGUGAAAAACGGGACAUUUAUGACAAAUAUGGCAAGGAAGGCUUAACCGGUGGAGGUGGCAGUCAUCUUGAUGAUGAACGUGAGUACGGUUUCACAUUCCGUAAGGCAGAUGAUGUCUUUAAAGAAAUUUUUGGUGAAAGGGAUCCAUUUUCAUUUCACUUCUUUGAAGACUCACUUGCAGACCUUUUAAGCAGUUCAAGAAGCUCCAGUGGAAGCAGAAGCAGAGGAUCCCUUUUCUCCCGAUCCUACGACUACCCAGUGUUUGCCAGACUUUCUUCUUAUGACACGGGAUAUUCACCUUAUGUUUCUCGGGGGCAUGAGAGCCUUACUUCAGUCUCUUCCCUGGCAUUUGAGGAUCCUGGGGUGGGCAACUAUAUACCCAUUACACCGUCAGUUAUUAAUGGAAGAAAUGUUAAGACAAAGAAAACUUUUGAGAACCGUCAAGAAAGAAAAGUUGAGGAUGACAGUGAGUUGAGAUCCUUUCUUGUAAAUGAAGAGGGCUUUGCAGACAAAUGUAACUGGAGAAGACAGUCAUUCAACGAUUAUUCACCAAAUUCCUAUACCCACUCAAGUACAACUCAAUAUUCUCUUGUGGACGACAAGGAACAAGGAUCACCUUGGGUCACCAACAAGAAGGAACCUUCCAUUUUUUCAGCAGGAUUCAAAGAAGGUGGUAGGAGGAAAAAGAAGAAGCACAAAGAGGGGCAGAAGAAGAAGUCCAAUAAAAGGAAUCGCUAAUUGAC